AUGGCAGGAGUGGAACAACCAUGCUAUACACUUAUUAACUUCCCGACCGAUGCAGAGCCUCAUAAUGACAUGCAACUUAAGCUUGAUCUUGAAAAAGGUGACACAAAAAAGAAGAUUGAAGCAUUAAAGAAGGCAAUUAGUAUAAUUCUCGCCGGUGAGAAGAUUCCAGGGCUUCUAAUGACAAUUAUCAGAUUUGUGCUGCCCCUGCAGGACCACACUAUCAAGAAGCUCUUGCUUAUUUUUUGGGAAAUUGUCCCUAAGACAACGCCAGAUGGCAAACUUUUACAGGAAAUGAUUCUUGUCUGUGAUGCCUAUAGAAAGGACUUGCAACAUCCCAAUGAGUUUAUUCGUGGAUCGACCCUACGAUUUUUGUGCAAGCUCAAAGAGCGUGAGUUGCUGGAGCCUCUAAUGAACGCAAUUGAGGCCUGCUUGAAACAUCGCCACUCUUAUGUACGAAGGAAUGCAGUGCUGGCAAUAUUUACCAUCUACAGGAACUUCGAAUACCUCGUUCCUGAUGCACCUGAACUAAUAGCAAACUUCCUUGAGACUGAGCAGGACAUGUCCUGCAAGAGGAAUGCAUUCCUGAUGCUGCUGCACACUGACCAGGAGCGAGCACUCUCAUACCUGUCAUCUAGGUUGGACAGCGUACAAAGCUUCGGUGACAUACUGCAACUCGUAAUUGUGGAACUGAUUUAUAAGGUGUGCCACGCGAGCCCGGCGGAGCGGCCGCGCUUCAUCCGCACGGUGUACGCGCUGCUGAACGCGGGCAGCGCCGCCGUGCGCUACGAGGCGGCCGGCACGCUCGUCACGCUCUCCAACGCGCCCGCCGCCAUCAAGGCGGCGGCAGCAUGCUACAUCGACUUGAUCGUGAAAGAGAGCGAUAACAACGUGAAACUGAUCGUGGUGGGGCGGCUGAGUGCUCUACGUGCAGAGGGCGGUGAGGCGGCGACGCGAGCGCUGUCUGACCUCGCCAUGGACGUGCUGCGAGUGCUCGCCUCCUCCGACCUGGACGUGCGGCGACACACGCUGCAGCUAGCGUUGGAGCUAGUGAGUUCGCGGCACGCGGAGGAGCUGGUGGGUGUGCUGCGCAAGGAGGCGGCGCGCGCGAACAACGCGGAGCACGAGGACGCAGCCGCCUACCGCCAGCUGCUCGUGCGCGCCAUGCACCGCGCCGCGCUCAAGUUCCCGGAGGUGGCGGGCAGCGUGUGGCCGGCGCUGCUGGAGCUGGUGGGCGAGGGCGGCGAGGCGGCGGCGCACGACGUGCUGCGCUUCCUGCGCGCCGCGCUGCUCGCCUUCCCGGACCUCGCCGACCCGCUCUACCGGAAACUUCUGGAAUCAGUGGUCAACAUUCGUGUGGGCAAAAUCGCUCGUUCUGCGCUGUGGUUGGUUGCGGAAUUCGCUGAAACGGAAGAAAGGGCUCAAGCCGCCCUGGAAAUGCUGUGCACCGUCAUCCCUACGCCUAACUCCGAUGAACCAAAUAAAGAGGAAGAGGUACCAGCGCCACAGAAAUCGGAGGCGCCGGCUCGGCAGUUGGUCACUAGUGAUGGGACUUACGCUUCGCAAUCCGCUUUCAACUUACCCGCGUCGGGCGGGACGGGUGGGGCGGGCGAGGCGCGGGGCGCGGGGCUGCGCGCGGCGCUGUGCGCGGGCGAGAGCUUCACGGCGGCGUGCGGCGUGUCGGCGCUGGCCAAGCUGGCGCUGCGCCUGCCGCGCGCCGCCGCCGCGCGCGCGCUGCACCGCGCCGUCGCGCUGCUGCUGCACCACGCGCACCACGCGCACCGCACAGGUCCGUGCCCAACGCCACCGACCCACGCGCGCUCAUACCAACUUCCACUCACAUUGCACCCUGCACAUCGUGCGCUCUGUCCACCUCGAACAACCGACGCAUUUGCUUACUGCUGCUGCACCCGUACGCACAGCGCCGAUGUCAAUAUUCACUCACAAUAA